AUGACAGACAGGCUCACACAGUUGCAGAUCUGUCUCGAUCAGCUAUCGGACAUGUUUUUUGCGUCCUUGUCGUAUGUCGACCAGAACCACGCUGCCGUGCGAUUGACCGAGGGAGACGAGAUGCUGCCGGACCCUGAUCACAAUCCGCCGCCGGAAACAGAAUUCAAGGCGAAUCUGACAGAGUUAACGUCCGACAUAAUACUAAAAACAAGGCAGAUCCUCACAAUAAUAGACACGCUUCCUGGGGUGGGUGUGAGCAAAGACGAGCAACUGAAAAGAAUAGAAAGUCUGUCUCAGGAGCUGGCCGAAAUAGAGAAACAGAAAGCACAAACGUUACAGAGAAAAGAGAAACUGGGAAGCAUGGUGGACGACCUGAUAGUACAGGUGAGCGAGGGAAUAGCGCAGACUAGAGAUUGA